CCACGCCUAUCCAAACCCCCAUGUUCCCCAUCUCCUGACCCCUAUCCACACCCCUGCCCCUGGCAGGUCCCCCGGGACUCCGUAGUUUGCCCACCUCUGUCUUAUUGGAUUCACUCAGUGUAACUUGGCUCUGGGCACUGCAUGGGCAGCACUAAUUUUCAAGGCACAAGGGGGAAUUAGGCCUCCAGUUCCCAUUGACCAUCAAUGAGACGUGUCGAUUUCCCCCUCUAUAUCUUUCUAUGUCUCCUACUAAAAUGAUGUGAUUCUAGGACCUAUGGGGGCAGAUGCCACGGUCACUGGGCUUCCACGUGAGCAUAGGGCUCUGCUGUGCCUAAAAACUUGCAGGGCUGGAGCCAUAGGUAUCACUGAUGCCACCAUCUGUGCUCAGAGAAGCAGAAAAUCUUGAACGAAAGGAUUUGGCAGGUUAAAAAGUUUUCCCUUCAUCUUUCUCUUUAAAGAGUCGGAGAAGAGUUUCCUGCUUGGAAACUACUUCUGUUCCAAGUCCUACCCUGGCCAAGACUAGUUUACCUUUUUGGGGCUUCUUUUUUAAGAAGGUAAUUAUUUCAGAAAGAGCUCUUUAAAGGGCCAUUUCAAUUUUUUUGGAAGAAUCCUUGUUUGUUCGUUUUUUCCUGGGAGAAUAAGGAGAGUAAUGCUAUCACCAAACAAAAGACUCCGAGUCAAGAGAGCUUUCAGCAAUACUAGUGUAAUCUACUCACAGCGGCACUCUGUGCCCCCCCUAGUGGUGAUUAGUCUCCCUUUACAGGUAUUUGGGCAAAUAAUUCCCCUUUCCUUUGUCUUAGUUCCCUCCAUCUGUAAAAUAGAGGAUAAUAAUUCUUCCCUAGGUCUUUAGAUUUAAUUAUUGUUAGAAGUAUCACUUUUGGAGUCCUCAGAUGCAGAACUGUUCAAUGAUGUAUUUUAUUUUCAAAUAAACUGAUUUUUUUUUUAAAUAUUUUCAGGCUCUGUUUAAAAAAAGCAAAAAUGCAUUGGUUUUCAAUUGUUGAAAACAGAAUAAUUUUCAGUCUUUCACUCAAAUUUAGAAACUGCAACUUUGCUUGAAAAUAUUUCUGCUUUACCAGCAAGUCUUGAUGAAAUCUUAACCGUCUUUUUCUUUGACGAAAAGCACUAUAUAACAUGAAGUGUAUUAUGACAAUUAACGCCAGUCAAUAUGCUUUUAUGGAAAAUAGGCAUUGUCAAACAAACCUGAUCUCAUUCUUUGAGGAGAUUACACAUUUGGUUGAUAAAGGCAACUGCGCACAUUAAUGUACUUAGACUUUAAUGAGGUAUUUGACUUAGUACCACACAACAUUAUGACUAUUGAUAUUGUAUUAUGCUGUUUUUUAUACAUUAAAUGAAAAAAAUGAUCGCCAAUGGGGAAUCAUAAUUGAAUAGGUGUGUUUCUUGAGUCACUCAAGGAUAAGUACUAGGCACUACGUUAUUCAGCAUUUUCAUCAAUGAUCUGAAAGUAAAUAUAAAAUCGCUGCUGAUAAAAUGUGCAGAUGAUACAGAUCGGAAGAAUGGUAAAAAUGAUGAGAACGGGGCAGUUACACGGACCCAUCUGAAUCACUAGGUUGGAAGUUGGCUAUGGCAGUUCCGUUCCUGUGGAAGGCAGCUGCGUUGGUAGAGAAGCACAGGACUGGCUUGUUGGCAGUUUCCUGCGCAGGACUGUUUGGGGCUAACCUUUCCUAUCAUGUCUUUCCCGAGCAGACGUUCAAACUGUGGCAUCAGUGCUGGACUAAGGGGCAACCGGCUGAGCUCUCAGAGAAACUACGCAGCCUCUUCCACAAUGUUCUGGGAGAUGUUGGCGUGAAGUCCGUGAAUUGUUACCAACCCUUUGCAGCUUUUGGCUUCCACCCAGUGAGUGCUGGGAUCCCGUGGCUGCCUGCGGGCUCUCUGGUGGGCAUCCCUGCCAAUUUCAAUAGCACAGCGGAGGACAGACAAGGAAUUGUCAACCGUGUCGUCGUGAUAAAUGGCAGAGAAGUGGACUGGGAGAGUAAACAAGGGCUAGCUUUGAAGGAAGCCUUGAUGUUUUCUCCAGAGGCUCAGAAGUUUGCCAUUGCCAGAGAGAUUGUGUUCUUGCAAAGCAAUAGCCCUGUCGUUUAUGCAGCUGUGCCUCCUGCUUGCUUAGCCAUCACCUGUCUGUCUGGGGUGGCUAUAAAGCAGCUUCUGGGCUUGUAUUCUGGCCCCAGGGUGUUUCGAGGCAUUUAUAACAUCACCAUUGCAGCAAUUGGACUUGUUGGCUACUUUCUUGCUUACGAUGCCGUGAGCCACGCGCUAGACUACAGGUUGGACAGAAAGGUGGCCACCAUUUCCAAGGACUACGCCAGAGGUGGGGUGGAAUUCUACGACAAAAUCCUGUCCCGCAACAGGACUCUCCGCACUCUUUUGGGCAAACGAGGCGAGAGAAUUUAUGCCCCUAGCGGUAACCUUUUCCCUAGGUACUGGUUCAGAUUAAAGCACGCUCCAUACACUUCCAGAAGAGACUUGAUCGUUAAUAUUUUAAGAGUGCCCCAGGCAUAGGAAGGGAGUGAUUGGAUUUUAAACUUAUAAAUUAUGUAUUCUCUUGGAAUGCCACUGUGCUGCCUUCCUCUCCCCUCCCCCGCAACUUCAUUCGUGUGCUGUUUUUUAUUUUUGCAUAUAGUCUGGAAGUAGUGUUUAAUUUUUCAUUCACUGGACGCAUAUCUCUUAAAAAAUUAAAGACCUAUUUCGAAA